CUGUUUUUGUUUUUGUUUUUGUCAAAUUUGUUUUCGCUAAAUAAAACCUAGAAUCCUCUAUGUUUCUUUCUUUCUCCCAACUUGGACUUACUCUUUCCGUUUCUGUCUCGCUUUGUUUUCGUGAGUAACAGUUGGAAACUCGUGUUCAACACACUAUCAUUGUUCUAAUGAUUAUAAAAGGAUUGUUUGGAAGGUACGAAAGAUGGAACCCUGUUCAUCCAACUCAUGGAGCCUUUUGGGGAAUGGGUGUGGGCGUUGGUUGUGGUGUCGGAUGGGGUCCUGGGUUUGGCCCUGAAGUGAUAGGCUAUGUUGGAGCUGGUUGUGGCAUUGGAUUCAAUGUAGGCAUCACUUUUGCUGGUGUUGGAGUUGGCCUACCUGCUAAUUUUAUCUUUGAAGGUCCAUAUAAUGGGGUUAGCUGGAUUGGAAAUUUACCUUGUAUCUCUGACUUGCAAAGAGAAGCCAAUGGAAAAUUGUUUGAAUUUAGGCAAAAGCAUUUAUCAAUAAAGGGAAUUAACUUCUUUGACAAGAAGAACAGCUUGCCUUUGCUCACUUCUGCCAGUAAAAGUAUACAAGCAUUCCGUAACCAAAUAUUCAGCUCUCAUAAAGGGAAAGAUUGAUGACUUCCACCACUGUCAGUUUUGUGCUUACAUUUUUUGACACAUUUUGUAUUUUGUUGGGUCGGAGGCGAAGCUCUUGUUUUCACAGUUAACCAGAUAAUCUAUUAUUGUUCUGCUCUAUCUCUCCCCACAUGGCCACAUUCAAAUUCAGUUGUAUUUUAUAGUCUUGUUACAUGUGUUUCUUCAGAAAAUCUCAGCCAAAUUUUGUAACCAAUAUAUUAAAAGCAUAUUUAUACUAGUAAGAAAUAAGAUUUCCUACUGUGGGAAGAA